AUGUCAAUUGAAUAUUAUAAAUCUCAUUCACCAUCAAAUAGAGAUCGAAGACUAGUAACAUCUCGUUUAACACCAUUUGAAAAAUUACCUCGUAUUGGAAGUUCACAUGAAUAUAUUCCUCGUCCACCUAAAACAGAAAAUUUAAAAACAAAUCCAAGAAUUCGACAAAUUUCAAAAGAAGAACCAAUAUUAAUUGCUAUUCGUUUAAGUGAUGGAAGACGUUUAGAAAAAGAAUUUUCUCCUUAUGAUAGAAUAUAUGAUAUAAUUAAAUAUGUUAAAUCAGAACAAAAUGAUCUUGAUGAUCAAUUUUAUCUUAGUAGUGGAGAUGUUCCAAAAAGACAAUUUAAACAUUUUAAUUUGACACUUUCACAAGCUAAUUUAACCACACACACUGUUCUUUUUGUUGAUCGCCAAUAA